AAACUUGCCAAAGUCAGCUGUGUUGAGGUGGUCCAGUUUAUCAUAACCUUCUUGACUGUAUGAGCGAAUAAAAUGAGUAAAAAUAUGACGAAAAGCGAUUGAAACGCUCUAAAACAUCCAUAAAAUAGCGUAGCUAAGUAUUAAUUAAUUGACCGUAAGCAAUAUCAGUGUGUUCGCGAUGGAUUUCGACCAGAAGUCGCGCCACUUCACCGGCCAACUGUACAAAUACACGAACGUAAUGAAGGGAUGGCAGUUUCGCUAUUUCUUCGUCGAUUGUUACGAGGGAGUUUUACACUAUUACCUCUUAGAGAACGGCAGGAGUGUACCGAGAGGGUCUGUACAUUUAGCAGGGGCUGUUAUUUGCCCCAGCGAGGAAGAUUCAAAAACAUUCACCGUAAAUUGCGCGUCUGGUGAUAUGUUGAAACUGAGAGCUACAGAUGCACGAGAACGGCAGGAAUGGGUGAAUAAAUUGAGGGCAGUUGCCGAGGCACAUACAAAAACAAUAAGUGCAAAUUCGACGCCAUUACGUCCUCACGAACAUCUCGACGUGAUUGAAGCAAUCACCGCCGCCAAAGCGCAGAUUACAACAUCAGAACAAACGCACACAAAGCUAUGCCAAGCGCUAGAAACGUCCAGCUCGUACUUCUUCACCGAUCCAAAUCUUUUGAUGUUGAAAGCCACCUCAGCCGCAUCGCUGCACUGCCUGUUUCAAUGCUUGCAUCUCCUACAGCGCGAGCAGCACCAGCAGCAGGGCCGGACAGGCUUCGUCAUCGAUGACGACUAAUACAUCUCACGGGCUAGACGGUGCAUUCUUGCGCUCAGAGGCUUGCUGUGCUAUCACAAGCCUCACGACGAUUAGUUUCAACACACACAUCUUCACUUGUGUACGCAGCUGCUAAAACGUUCUAGCCCGGAGUGUUUCGUAUUCAGUUCUUACGUUCCCGAACAUUCCGUUCAUCUAGAUUUGUUUAAGAGUUUACCGACUAUUACGUACAGUAUUUUUUUACAUUUGCGAACGCGACGCGAGAUUUUCAAAUUUAGUGCGAUGAGAUUGGGUUGGGUUAUUAUGCUUGAGCAGCUAAUAUACAAACAUUUAUAUGCGCAAUAGAUUGUGCAAUAGUCUACAUGAGACACAUAUCCAGUUCGGAAACUCAGGUUAAACACAUUUAAAGUAAGCAAAAAAAUUUGUUUCUAGAACGCAGUAAGACGAUUGGGUUGCCUAUGUUCAAAUUGGUAUGGCGACAAAAUGGCUGUACUAAACAAACCAAAGUUGUAAUGAUUUCAAGAUUGAUUUUAAAACGUAACAAAUGCUAAAUUAUGUGAUUUUAACGUGCAAAUAUCUAGAGACGCAUUUUAAACUAUUAAAACCACAUCAAAAUUACGAAAAAAGUUAAAAAUUACACUUUUUUCAAACUUCGAAACCCAUUUCAUUGAUAACUUUUAAUAAGUCAAUCCGAUAUUUAAAAUCAUUUCAAAUAAACCGUCCUCAUGUCAAUAUCUACCACUAUCUGCGUAAAAAACUCUAAAAUUACGUGUUUUUGUCUUGAUAAUAACACAUCAGGCGCAUAGAUUGAUUAAAAUUAACUUAUUUUCUUUAAAUUAUGCAGGGAAAUUGUUACAAAACAAAAUUAAUUCCGAAAACACCGAAUUGUGUUUGGUUUACUUAAUGAAUAAAACGUAAAACUAUGA